UCUCUCUGCGGGUGGGAGGCGGGGCUGCGCGGCCGCACUUCCGCAUGUGUGUAGGCGCGGGAUAGGGCGGGCGGCUUCGCCGGCAUGGAGGAUGGCUCCGCUCCUGCUGCAGCUGGCGGUGAUCGGCGCGGCGCUGGCGGCUGUAGCCCUGAUUCUGAUUUCCUUUGUUGCAUUUAUAACUGCUACAGAGAUGCCACACCUGCAUCGACAUGAAGAUGAGAAGUUCUUCUUAAAUGCCAGAGUCCAGAGGGAAGCCUUACCCAGCAUACGGGACUCGCCUACCAAGCAGCUUUCUGUGGUCGUGCCUUCAUACAAUGAAGAAAAACGGUUGCCUGUAAUGAUGGAUGAAGCUCUGGGCUAUCUAGAGGAGAGACAGAAACAAGAUCCUACAUUCACUUAUGAAGUAAUAGUAGUUGAUGAUGGCAGCAAAGACGAGACUUCAAAGGUAGCUUUUAAAUAUUGCCAGAAAUAUGGAAGUGACAAAGUUCGAGUGAUAACGCUGGUGAAGAAUCGUGGGAAAGGCGGAGCUAUUAGGAUGGGUGUAUUCAGUUCUCGAGGAGAAAAGAUCCUCAUGGCAGAUGCUGAUGGAGCCACAAAGUUUCCAGAUAUUGAGAAAUUAGAAAAAGGGCUGAAUGAUCUACAGCCUUGGCCUGAUCAAAUGGCUAUUGCAUGUGGAUCUCGAGCUCAUUUGGAAAAACAAUCAAUUGCUCAGCGUUCUUACUUCCGUACUCUUCUCAUGUAUGGGUUCCACUUUCUGGUGUGGUUCCUUUGUGUCAAAGGAAUCAGGGAUACACAGUGUGGGUUCAAAUUAUUAACUCGAGAAGCAGCGUCACGGACGUUUUCAUCUCUCCACAUUGAACGAUGGGCAUUUGAUGUAGAACUGCUUUACAUAGCACAGUUCUUUAAGAUCCCAAUAGCAGAAAUUGCUGUCAACUGGACUGAAAUUGAAGGUUCUAAAUUAGUUCCAUUUUGGAGCUGGCUACAGAUGGGCAAGGACCUACUUCUUAUACGACUUCGAUAUUUGACUGGUGCCUGGAGGCUUGAACAAACCAGGAAAGUGAAUUAGGACUCAUUUGGAAUUCACUGAUUUUGAAGUAAAACUCAUUAGUAUUUUGAUGGUCACAAAAAGCAAUACCUUCCCAGAUUUGAUCCUCUAGACAACUACUGCCCUUCUACAACCAAACACUACAGGAAAGAAUGGUGACCUCACACCUGCUGACAAGAGCCCAGGCUGAGUGGGGAGCCAAGAUGCACACCCUCACAAGGCUGGAAUCAGGUACCUGGACAUCCUCACCGGGACGAUGUCAGAGACACCCAGCAGGGAGCAGGACUUCCCUCCCCCAAAGCCAAUCCUGAGUCCGCACCAGGGGAAGCUGGCCUUGCACUCCCCUCUGCAGUAACAGCAGCUCCAUCCCCUCCCAGGGAUGGAGCCAGAGGAGGCACUUCUUCUGGUGGCCUCGAAGUGAUGAGGCCACCCCGCUGCGGUGACAAUGAAGACCAUGUAGUGAGCCAGAACUCCUACCCCUGCCCAAAUAUAAUAAAUAAAUAGUCCCCCUUCAUUUGGGUGUCAAUGGGGGCCAAGGGGAGAACCUGUACUUACACCUCCCCUGGCAAUAUAACGACGGUGCUCCCCCUUCUCAACCAGAGGAGUGUCAGCUAAAACAAGAGUUGUGAGUAAGAUCCAGAGUCUCAGAAGAUAAUAAAAAAAAUGUCCAGGUUUCACAAGAAAAUCACUCGUUAAAGCAAGAACCAGAAAAACCUCAACUUGAAUGAAAAAAGACAAUCGAGAUGCCAACACUGAGAUCCCAGAGAUGUUAGGAUUAUCUGACAAGGAUUUUAAAGCAGCCAUGACAAAAAUGCUUCCACGGAAUUACAAACAUGCUUGAAAUUAAUGAAAAAAGUAGAAAGCCUCAGCAAAGAAACAGAAAGUCUCAGCAAAGGACAAUAUCAAGAAGAACCAAACGGAAAUUGUAUUUAUUUAUUAUUAUCUUUAAUUUUUUUAUUUUGGCCACGCCAUGAAGCAUGUAGGAUCUUAGUUCCCCGACCAGGGAUAGAGCCUGUGCCCCCCAGCAGUGGAAGCAUGGAGUCUUAACCAUUGGACUACCAGGGAAGUCCCCCAAAUGGAAAUUUUAGAACUGAAAAAUACAAUCACUAAAUAAAAAGCUUGGUGGAUAAGCUCAACAGCAGAAUGGGGGUGGCAAAGGAAAGAAUCAGUAAACUCAAAGAUAGCACAAUAGAAAUUAAUCUGAUCAAGAGAGAAAAAAACAGAAGGAAAAAAAAAAAGGCUCAGUGAAACUAUAAAAAGAUCUAACAGUAUCAUCAGAGUCCCUGGAAGGGUGGAAAACAUCCUUGAAGAAAUACUGGCUGAAAACUCCUCAAACUUGGCAAGAGGCAUAAAUCUACAGAAUCAGAUUCCGUAUAGGAUAAACCCAAAGAAACCCAUACCAAGACACGUCACAAUUAAACUUCUGAGAACUAAAGACAGAAAAAAUCUUGAAAGCCACACACAAAAAAAAAAACCUGACACCUUACCUAUAGUGGGGAAACAAUCAGAAUGACUGAAUUUACCAUCAGAAACUAUGCCAGUCAGAAGGAUGUGGCACAAUAUUUUUUAAAUACUAAAAGUAAGAAACUGUCAACACAGAAUCUCAUACUCAGCAAAAAACAAAUCUUCAAGUAUGAAGGGGAAAUAAAGACAACCUCAGAUGAAGGAAAGUUUAGAGAACUGGACACCCACAGACCUACCCUAAAACGAUGGCUAAACAAAAUUCUCUAAACAGAAAGAAAACAUCAAAAGGAAACUUGGAACGUUAGAAAGGAAGAAAAUACAUGGUAAGCAGAAUAUUGACAAAUACAAAAGACUUUAUCUUCAAGAGUUUUAUAUUAUGUUUGAUGGUGGAAGCAAAUACUAAAGCAGUCUGAUGUGGCUCUAAAUAUAUGUAGUGGAAUAUAUAAGACAAUUUAUCACAAAUGAGGGAGGGAAAAGGGGCAAAAACAGAGGUAACAGGCCUUGCAUCCCCUAGGCAAUCUUCUGACAUCGCAGUUGGGGAGCUGUGACCCACAGUUGGAGAAUCAAUAAGCUAAGUAUGCAACUAGUGCCCAAUCUGUCUUUUUUAAGAUAAAAGAAGUAUUAGCAGAAUCUGCCAAAAGCAAGCCCUAUUCAGAAGGUGACAGAUUCUCAUACUAAAGUAGGUGGGGUAAGAGUUUGACCCAUUAAUGUUUCCAACUAUGAUUACU